AAAUUUUGGAAUCAACAAAGUUACAAAAAUGUUGCCAAAAUAUUUUAGAAUGAGGGACAACCAGAACCGAUGAGUGACCGGUUCUGGGCGAACGACACAGAAGGAACAGUUCACAUCAACGUUAGAACUGAAUUUCUUUAAAUAGACUUUAACGGGGUAGAUUUUCCUGAUCACACUUGACCAAAUAUGCAAGUGAUGCGAUGACGUCACUCAUCGAAUUUUAGAAUAGCCAAUAGCUACUUUCCUUGCUGACCGGUUGGCAAUGGCAACAGUGGCGGCGGCGUUCCUCACCGUUAGCUUGCCGGGGUCGUUGCUGGUUAAGUGGAUGUAGUUAGAAAACAUGAACAGAGCGCCAGAAAGCGGACAACCAACCUCUGUUCAAUGUUGGACGAAUACACCGCCUAUUAAAAGGAAGGAAAGGAAAAUUCAGCGAGCAUCGACUCUAAACAGGAACGUGUUCAGAGACGGAAAGAUUCGAAUUGAUUUUGUCCUGGUGUGGGAGGAGCUUCGGGGUGCUAAUGAGAACGACACAGGUAAUAGCGCCACCCAGAGGAAGUGGAGGGAACAGUUUCUGAGCAGACUGAGACAAGUAGGCCUGCUGCAGGAGCAGAGAGAGAUCUUCAGGGCGAAGAAGAGGAUCCGCUUCAUCCUCCUCAGCGCCCCUUGGAGGGUCCUCUGCUACUACGCCGAGGAGAUCAAUCUCAAAGUCCCGCUGGAGGUGGUCACCGAUCCGAUGACUAACUGGUCAGAACAUUUCCUGUCCAAGCUGUCCCUCCCCAAUCCACUGUCCCAGAACGUCCCCAACCCGCCGCUGGAAUACUACACCUGUCAGUUCAAGUCCAACAAGCUGGAGAGGUUCCUGGGAAGUGGUGACAAGGAGACGUUCUUUAAGACCACCCAGAGACACCAAGUGCUAUAUGAGAUCCUGGCCAGAACUCCGUACGGUUCUGUGAACCGGGGCGAGGUGGGCAUCGACCGGCUGAUCAGUGAGGAAGUCUUCACGGCAGCGUACCCACUGCACGAGGGGGACUACAGGAUGCCGGACGACCCAGUGCCCCUAAAGUCUUUAGUACUGAGGCAGAUCCUGCAUGGGUACUGGUCCAAGUGGUCCUGCUGGAGACGCUACCAACCUCUGGGCCACAUAAGGGAGUAUUUUGGGGAAAAGAUAGCUCUCUACUUUGCAUGGAUCGGUUUCUACACUGCCUGGCUGCUGCCUGCAUCUCUGAUUGGGACUCUGGUCUUCCUGUUGGGUUUUGUAGAUUUGUUCUCUGACGUCCCAGCGAAGGAGGUGUGUGAAAGCGGAAACUCUUUCAUCAUGUGUCCUCUCUGUAACAUCUGCUCCACUUGGAACUAUUCCAGCAUCUGCAUCACCUAUAAGGCGGGUCUCCUGUUUGACAACUGGGGGACAGUGUUUCUCAGUCUCUUCAUGUCUUUGUGGGCCGUCACCUUCCUGGAGUACUGGAGGAGAACUUCUUCAACUCUUUCCCACCGCUGGGGCUGCUCUGACUUCGAGGACAUUGAGGAGCGUCCGCGUCCAGAGUUCUCGGCCAUGGCGCCGAUGACCACGAGGAACCCGAUCACUGGGGCCGAGGAACCUUACUUUCCUGAGAAUAAACGCUUCCACAGAACUGUGACUGGAUGCAUGGUCAUCAUUGUCAUGAUUUCUGUGGUCCCGAUGUUCCUCAUUUCCAUUAUUUUGUACCGUACCAUCCUCAGAGUCGUCAUCUACAAGUCAACUACAACUGACAGCUCCUCUGCUGGGACGAUAGCCAGCAUUUCAGCAUCAGUGCUGAACCUGAUCAUUAUCCUGACAUUGUCCAGAAUUUACACCUGGCUGGCCGGCGUCCUCACACGCUGGGAGAUGCAUCGCACUCAAACCAAAUAUGAAGACAUGUUCAUCCUCAAAGUUUUCAUAUUCCAGUUUGUGAACUUCUACUCAACUCCAGUCUACAUCGCCUUCUUCAAAGGCAGGUUCGUUGGUUACCCUGGAAUGUACAACACUCUGUUUGGACUUCGUAAUGAAGAGUGUGGAGCCGGCGGGUGUCUUAUUGACCUGGCUCAGGAGCUGCUGGUCAUCAUGGUGGGAAAACAGAUGAUCAACAACGUCCAUGAAUUCAUCUCCCCGAAGGUUCAGGCGUGGUGGCAGAAAAACAAAAUCCGUCCUCCACAGAUGGCAGGGGAGGGGACUCAGACGAUGAUGAACGUUUCUCCUUGGGAGGCAGAUUACGACCUGCUGGUCUGUGAGGGACUCUUCGUGCUGCUCUUCUCAGUGCUUCAGUUUGGUUUCAUCACCAUCUUUGUGGCGGCGUGUCCUCUCGCUCCUCUCUUUGCUCUCAUGAACAACUGGGUGGAAAUCCGUUUGGACGCUCAGAAGUAUGUUAGAGAAUACCGCCGCCCGGUGGUGGAGCGAGCUCAGGACAUCGGCAUCUGGUUUCACAUCCUGCAGUUCAUCUCACACAUAGCUGUCAUCAGCAACGCUUGUCUCAUUGCCUUCACCUCGUCCUUUGUGCCUCGGCUGUACUACCGUUACACCAGAGACAGCACCCUGAGCGGCUUCGUUAACUUCACCCUGGCAACAGCCCCACUCAGCCACAACACCACCUGCAAGUAUAGAGGUUACAGGGAUGAUAACGGUGAAUAUCUGCCGGAGUACUUUCACCUCAUUGCUAUACGACUCAGCUUCGUCGUCGUCUUUGAGCAUGUGGUCUUCUUCAUCGGCCGACUGAUUGACCUGACAGUUUCUAACAUCCCAGAAGAGGUGGAGAUUAAGAUAAAGAGGGAGCACUACGUGGCUAAACAGGCGCUGGCUGAGAAUAAGGCUUUGGGGAAAGCCAUGAUGCCGAAUGAUAAGGACGUUGGGUCAGGUCAUUGUGGAUCCAGAAGCCUAGUACAAUUAGAUCCCUGCAUUGCAUUACCAACACAUCUGAUCACGAUCCCAGAGAAAACGGAUCCAGCUAGCGGCUGCUGACCUGAAGCCCGACUGGAUCAGAACUGAUGGCUAUGAGACCGGUUCCUGUGGAGGUUUUACAACCUGCAGAAUGGGGCUCCUUCUGGAUGUUUACUGGAUUUAUAUACAAUAAUUUAGCUUUCCAACUUGUCAUAGAACAGUGUGCCGAUGAAGUAUCUUCCUACCUUUACCUUCUGAAACCGGAAGACCUGUUAGAUUUCUGAGUAACUCUCCUGAGAACCUCGACCGACCCAAAGCUUCUCAGGAACUUCCUCAGACAGAGAGGCUGGAAGUAGAACCACUUAAAAUGAAAAUGUGUUUUAUUCUGCUGUUGGAGGGAACUAAAGCUUAUUCCAAGGUGUUUGUGAUGUACCAUCAUAUUUAGAAAAACUGACAUCUCCAGCAUUCUGGAUGUGGGAACUUUAAAUAUUCUUGGCUUAGGCUAUGAAUGUUUGUGUUUUGGUCACUUGCAGAGAUAUAAAUUAGUCUGCAUUUGCAGCAUUAGAUUAUUUCCAUUUCUUCCCGCUGCUCAACUAUUGGUCAAUUAAUGUAGAUUUUUAAAAAUAUUUUAAAUUUAGCUCAUUAAAAGCAACACCAACUUGUCUUAGUGAGAAAAAGUAAAUAUUUACUGCAAAGUUCUGAAUGUUACAUAUUUAUUUUAUAGGUCAGAUGUGAUGUUAUUUUUAUUGUAUUUUUGCUAAUGCUUGAUUAAAAAUGAAAUGUAAUUGUUGCAUGGGAAAUUAUUCAUUUUAUUGUUACAAUAAAGAAACCAUUGAUUUGAA